UCAGCGCGGCGGCGCGGGCCCGCUUGGGCCCGGGCUCCGGCUCCCACUGCUCAACCUCGGCCGCAGGCCUUGUUGAUCCUACGGCCGCCUCGGUAGCUGCGCCUGGGCAGAAGCGGAGUUUAUUAAUAACCCGCGGCCGCCACUCUGGGCGGCGGAGCUUUUCUAGCUGAGAACGCAACCCCCCCUGUCCCAGCGUGCCGCGCCCCGCCUGUUCCCCUCAGGGGACCGCCGAGGGGAGGGAAAGUGAGAGGAGAGGGUGGAGUCCUCGGGAACCUGGCGGCGUUUCUCGGCCUGACCUCGGCGCAGAGUCCCCAGGCGCGCCGGGGCGAAUCUCCUCCGGCUGCUACGGGUCCACGGUUCACUCGAGGGCCCAGCAGGGGCGCCUGCGGCCCGGCUGGCCGUGGGCCCGCUCGGGACCCUGCUUGCGGAUAGCAUCCAGAAUUUCCUCCCACUCGGAUCGCGGAGAGAUUUCUUGUUUUCUUUUUGCUUUAUUAUUAAUUUGUUUAAAAGGAUUUAUGAAUCCUAACACCAAGUUUUAGAAAUUUGUAACUUAUCAUUCUCUCUUUCCCCGGUUUUGACUAAAGAGUGAACAAAUCAUUAUAACACCUUGUAAUAUUUUAUUGUUUUGAGUUCAUUUUUGUUCCCUCCUCUCUUGAUUUUUUAAAAAAUUUCCCCCACAUUAUAACGCUUUUUAAAGGGCACCGUUGUCAGCACAUUAUUUGAAGUUAGUUUCUGCCUUUGCUAUGGAAGAGUAUAAAUUAGCUGCAUAGUUAAGUGGGGAUGUAAUGAAAAAUUGUAGAUUUUAAGAUUGUGGUCGUUUUUGUCCUUAAUUUUGCCAGAAAAUGACGUGAAAUCAGUGUAAUACUAUUUUUUUUUUUUUAAAAACUAAGUACAUAGUUUAUUGUUUAAGAAAUUUGACGAAACACCCCCAAAUGCCAGUAAGAUGCAUAAAUAGUUUUAUCCUGGCAUAUUUUGACUAUACUGUUUAUACUAAAUUGGUUGUCUAAAAAUGACACCUCCCCCCAUUAAAAAAAAAAAACAAAACUAUUGAUACGAUGCACAUGCCUUACCUUCCACAAUUUAAAGUGUAUAAUUAGCUGAGUUUUAUUAUAUUCAAUUUAUACAUUUCUUUUAUUUAAAAUAUCAAUCCCAUUUAUGUAUCACCACAACUUUUUAAACAUGUUCAUCACUCUAAAAAGAAACUGUGAUUCCCCACUUCCUUUCAUCACCCCAGAUUAUGCCUAUUCUGGUCAUUUCAUGUAAAUGCAAUCAUAGAGGAUGAUUUUUGUGACUGGCUUAGCAUAGUAUUUGCCAGAAUGUUAUAACGUGUAUUAGUACUUUAUUUCUUUUUUUAUUGCCAAAUGGACACAGUUUUAUUCACUCAUCUGUUGAUGGAUAUUUGGGUUGUUUCCAUUUUUUGGCUAUUAUGGAUAAUGCUUCUGUGAACAUUUGGGUGCAGAUUUUUCUGUGGACAUGGGGUUCAGGUAGAAAAUGUUGUUAGCCCAGAUAAAUCGGGAUUCUCAAGGAAUGACAGAGUUUCCUGGAGGAGGAAUGGAGGCUCAACAUGUUACCUUGUGCCUCACAGAAGCAGUAACUGUGGCAGAUGGUGACAAUUUAGAAAAUAUGGAAGGUGUAAGCUUGCAAGCAGUAACACUUGCAGAUGGCUCUACUGCUUACAUACAACACAAUUCUAAAGAUGGGAAGCUCAUUGAUGGCCAAGUCAUUCAGUUGGAAGAUGGUUCUGCUGCCUAUGUUCAACAUGUGCCCAUACCUAAAAGUACAGGGGACAGUUUGCGUCUAGAGGAUGGUCAAGCAGUGCAGUUAGAAGAUGGAACCACAGCAUUUAUUCAUCAUACCUCCAAAGAUAGUUAUGACCAGAGUGCAUUACAGGCUGUUCAGCUGGAAGAUGGCACCACAGCCUAUAUCCACCAUGCAGUGCAAGUCCCGCAGUCUGACACCAUCUUGGCAAUUCAGGCCGAUGGGACAGUCGCAGGGCUUCACACUGGCGAUGGCACAAUUGACCCUGACACUAUCAGUGCUUUGGAACAGUAUGCAGCAAAGGUGUCCAUUGAUGGAAGUGAAAGUGUAACAGGUACUGGAAUAAUUGGAGAAAAUGAACAAGAGAAAAAAAUGCAGAUUGUCUUACAAGGACAUGCAACAAGAGUAACUGCUAAAUCUCAACAGAGUGGAGAAAAAGCAUUUCAAUGUAAAUAUGAUGGAUGUGGAAAAUUAUAUACAACAGCUCAUCAUCUCAAGGUCCAUGAACGGUCACACACAGGAGACAGGCCUUAUCAGUGUGAACAUCAAGGCUGUGGGAAAGCUUUUGCAACAGGUUAUGGAUUAAAAAGUCAUGUCAGAACUCAUACAGGAGAAAAGCCAUAUCGGUGUUCAGAAGAUAAUUGUACCAAAUCUUUCAAAACAUCAGGAGAUCUACAGAAACAUAUUAGAACUCAUACAGGAGAAAGGCCCUUUAAGUGUCCCUUCGAAGGCUGCGGUCGGUCCUUUACAACAUCAAAUAUCAGAAAAGUGCAUAUUAGGACACAUACAGGAGAAAGACCUUAUUAUUGCACAGAACCAGGAUGUGGGAGGGCAUUUGCCAGCGCAACCAAUUAUAAAAAUCAUGUGAGGAUACACACAGGGGAAAAGCCAUAUGUUUGUACAGUUCCUGGGUGUGACAAAAGGUUUACAGAAUAUUCUAGUUUGUACAAACACCACGUCGUUCACACUCACUCCAAACCAUACAACUGUAAUCACUGUGGUAAGACAUACAAGCAGAUCUCCACGCUGGCUAUGCACAAACGGACAGCCCACAAUGACACUGAGCCCAUUGAGGAGGAGCAAGAAGCCUUCUUUGAGCCUCCCCCAGGUCAAGGCGAAGAUGUUCUUAAGGGGUCCCAGAUCACAUAUGUUACAGGUGUAGAAGGAGAUGAUGUUGUAUCCACACAAGUAGCCACAGUAACCCAGUCUGGGUUGAGUCAACAAGUUACACUCAUAUCCCAGGAUGGGACCCAGCAUGUCAACAUAUCUCAAGCUGACAUGCAGGCCAUUGGCAACACCAUCACAAUGGUAACGCAGGAUGGCACACCCAUCACAGUCCCUGCUCAUGACGCAGUCAUCUCUUCAGCAGGAACACACUCUGUUGCUAUGGUCACCGCCGAGGGUACAGAAGGGCAGCAGGUUGCAAUUGUUGCUCAAGACCUGGCAGCAUUCCAUACAGCCUCAUCAGAAAUAGGGCACCAGCAGCAUAGCCAUCAUUUAGUAACCACAGAAACCAGACCUCUGACCUUAGUGGCAACAUCCAAUGGCACCCAGAUUGCAGUUCAGCUUGGAGAACAGCCAUCUCUGGAAGAAGCCAUUAGAAUAGCAUCUAGGAUCCAACAAGGGGAAACGCCAGGGUUGGAUGACUAAUCCUCAAAACAAUGAAGCAAUAAAGCAGAAGGAGCCUUUCAUCUUGUGGCAGCAGAAAUCCCAUCUUCUGGCAGCAGAAAUGCCUGAAGCCCGGGCCCUGGAAAACCAGAAGUUUUCCAUUCCUGACACACUGUACACAUUUUUAUGCAAGAGUGGAGAACAUUUUAUUCUUGACACUUUUGUGUAUAUAACCCUUGGAAUAGAUUCCCAAAGUGAUUCAUUGUGUACAAGGAAGUAUGAAAUUAGGGCAAUACAGUAAAUUUUCAUGUUACUCUUUUAUCAGAUCACAAACUCCUAGAAUCCACUUGCAAGACCAGUGAAGUCUUUCGGAGUGUUAUAAUGGAUUAUUAACUUACUGUGAAAAAAAUAAAAAAUAAAGCCUGUAUCUAAAAUGUCAAGGUUCUACAUGUCAAACAAUCAUAAUUCCAAAAGCCAUCAUGGUCAAUAAAGGAUGUAAAGCCUUCAGAUAUUUCCCUGAGUUAGUAGAGUGUCUGCAGUUUUUGUUCUACUAUAUACUUGUUCAUUUUUAUUUGUAUCUCAUGGUUUGAAGACUAUCCCUGUUACAUACCAACCCUUGGAGCUUAAAUGCUAAUUUUAUUAGCAUUAAUUGGAUUAUGUAUAGAAUUAUAAAGUUUGGUUAUUUAAAAUUAAAACAUUAAAUCCAGCAUUUGGGUUUUGUUAAAGAUUUUA